AUGCAACAACAACCUAGCGAACAAGACUUGACCAACUUUGGUAUUUUGAUGCAAAAUACACUCAAUCAUGAAAAUAAUGUGAGAGUGAAGGCGGAACAAGAUUUAAAGUUAAUGGAAAAACAACCUGGUUUUGUGAUGUUGCUCCUUACUUUUAUUUCUAAACAAUUAACUAACAAGUUUAUGGGUGCCCAAUCGGCUAUUAUAUUGAAGAAUUUGGUGAAGAGAGAUUGGGAUGUUGGUUUGAUUUUAAAAAACGAAGACAAGGAAAUUAUAAAAUCAGGAGUUGUGGAUAUUAUGAUUAGAAGUGAUCUUACAAUCCAAGAAAUUUUGUCAGAAGUAAUUACAAUCAUUAGUUUACAUGAUUUUUACAAGAAUUGGACAACUUUACUGCCAUAUUUGGUUAAUUUAUUAAAAACAAACACUGAUAAAUUUGAAUCCACUAGAGGUGUACUUGCCACUUGCCAUUCACUUUUUAAGAAAUAUAGAGAACAAGCUAAAUCCGACGAAAUUGAAGAUGAAUUAAUUUAUAUUAUGAAAGAAUUUGCCGAACCAAUGUUAGGUUUAUUCCAACAUUUCAUUUCCCUUGUCCCACAAAUUACCGACCCAGCCAGCUUGAAAUCAAUUUUUACAUGCAUUAAUUUACUUUUGGAAAUUUACUAUUCUUUGAAUUGGAUUGAUAUUCCUGAAUUUUUCGAAGAUCACCUUCCAGAAUAUAGCAACAUCUUCCUCUUCCUUUUGAAUUACCAAAAUUCUUCCCUCGAUAAUAAUCUCUAUGAAGAACCAAGUCUUCUAGAUACAGCUCAAUCCCUUGUGUUCCAAUCAAUUAACUUGUAUUUGGAGAAAUAUGAUGAAGCUUUCAUUCCUUAUGUUGAAAACUUUGCUACAGCAACAUGGCAAUUAAUAUCAAAGCUGGACAUGAAGAUCAAGUACGAUAAUCUUGUAUCUAAAGCUCUAGAAUUUUUGACCGUCACAAGUAGAAGUGAAAAGCACAUUAUUUUCAAGGAUGCACUUCCUGCAAUUUGUGAAAAUAUUAUCAUUCCAAACAUCUCACUUCGUGAAGAAGAUGAAAUCAUCUUCUCAGAAGAACCAAUCGAAUAUAUAAGAAGAGAUAUUGAAGGAUCUGAUUCUGACUCUAGAAGAAAAUCAGCUAGUGAACUCAUCAAAACUCUUAAACCUGUUGUUCUUUCUUAUGCAGCUUGGUGUAUUGAAAGACUUCUUACAGUCAAGGAAGAUAAUGGAAAGCCAAGAUAUUCCCAAGUUGAAAUUUUGCCAUAUGCCCAAACAUUAUUGCAAGGAUUAUUCUCUGCUUUGGAUAACACUGAAGAAAAUGAAUAUAUUAUGAAAGCCAUUAUGAGAGCUACAGCUGUAUUGAAGGAACAAAUGAAGCCAAUUAUGCCUGCAUACAUUUCCAAGAUUACUAGCGUGCUUUCUGAAGUCUGUAAAAAUCCAAACAAUCCAAUGUUUAACCACUAUUUAUUCGAGUCAUAUGCUACUGUAAUCAAAUUCAACAGUGAUUACAUUUCAGAGUUUGAAGCAUCUCUUUUCCCACCAUUCCAAACCAUCCUGAACCAAGGCAUUGAAGAAUUCACACCUUAUGUUUUCCAACUUAUUUCUCAACUUUUGACUGUAAGACAAGCUCCAUUACCUGCUAUUUAUAUUAGUUUGUUCCCUAAUUUCUUACAAGCCCAUUUGUGGGAAAGUGAAGGAAACAUUCCAGGUCUCGUUGCCUUUACCUCCACUUUGAUUACCAAGGCUCCUCAAGAACUUGGAAAGAAUAAUCAACUCGAACAAGUUUUGGGCAUUUUCCAAACAUUGGUCAAAUCUAACACCAAAGACUACCAUGGUUUCCGUAUUUUGGACAGUAUCAUCCAUGCUCUCCCAUACGAAACUGUUGCUAAUUUCCUCCAAGGAAUUUUCUUCGUCUUGUUUGGAAGACUUCAAUCUAAGAAGACUGGUCAAUUCUUGAGAUGUUUGAUCCUUUUCUUCUCUAACUUUGCUGUUAGAUAUGGAGCUGAUAAGCUUAUCCAAGCCAUUAAUCAAAUCCAAGCAAACAUUUUCUCUCAACUUGCAAAGGCUGUGUGGCAAUCCUCAUUAAGAAAGGUUACAGGUAAAAUUGAAAAGAAGGUCUGUGCUGUUGCUUUGAUCAAGAUUUUAUUCAAUACAGAUCUUAUUCAAUCAUCUGCUGACACAUGGAAGAUGCUUAUUUCAGAGCUUGCUCUCUUCCUCAACCCAACAACAGAUUCAAAGAAUGAAUUUGAUGAAGAUGAUGAACAACAUGACGAUGAAGAAACAGUCCUUCAAACUGAAAAGGGAAUUUCUGGAGGUUACAAAGUUACUUUCACCAAGCUCAGUUUUGCUGCUAUGGGUAUUGAAGAUCCUGUACGUGAGGUUCAAAAUACCAGACUUCAUUUCUGUCAAUCUCUCACCAAUUUCAUUUCACCAUUAGACCCACAACAAGUUCAGUUUGUUAAAUCUUUAAUUGUUUCUAAUCCUGAAUCUGCUCAAGCCAUUCUCGUUUUGAUGCAAAACAAUGGGUUCAGCACUUCGUUUUUACAAUAAAUAAUUU